AUGCAAGGAGCUGCGCAAUCUUUGAGGGCGAAGAAAGCUGCCGAAAGAAAGGCGGCCGAGGAGAAAAGGGUUUGCGAGGCGACUUUCGGACCGUCAACUCCGCCUGAGGUUAACAUUGAUCCGCAGGUUGCCGAUGGUGCCAAGGAGACUGAGGAGGUUCGGGUCGCUGCAGACUUGUCCAGGCCCGAGGCCUCUGGUGAUGUUCGGCCGGAUGUGGAAGUUCCCGCCGCAGCAGGGGCUUUGGCGAUUGUAGCUCUGGGUGCCGAGGCGAAGGCUAAGGCAAAAGGGAAGAGGCCCCGAGGUGAUAGCUCGGGAGGACGCAGAAGGGAGAAGAGGAGCCGUGGUGAAGUUCCCAUCUACAAGGAUAAGAUAGCUUCGGCUAAUCUUAUCGCUUCUUGUUCGGGUCCGCCGCUUUCCGCUCCCGAGGCCUUGCUGGAGGCCUUCAACUCGAUGAAUUCCAUGGUUCGAGCCUACGAUUCUGGAGCUCGGAAAUCCGAGCUUGCUCGUGAAAAAGGCGAGGCAUCGGCCAAGGCCGAGAAGGUGGAGCGGUUGAAGGCUUCGGAGGAUAGCCUGCGAACUCGGAGAAAGCUCGAGGUCGAGAUUGCACGCCUUCAUCGGUUAUUUACCGAAGAGAAGGCUCUCCGGGAGAAGGAGAUUAUCAGAGAGCGGAGGGCAGCCAAAAGGGAGUUUGCCGAGAAGGUCAAGGCUAUCGAGGCGAAGAUGGACCAGUACGGGAAGGUGUCUACGCGCUAUAUGUACUUGGUGCAAGCGCGGGCCAAUGCCGAGCUGAUAGCCGAGUUGGAGGAAGGGAAAAAGGUGGAGGAUGAGAAAGCCGAGGUCCUUCAAUGGACGACUGAAUAUGGAGACGCCGAGGAUGAGUACGUCCGUCUCGGGACCGAGCUGCGAGAGGACUUGAAGCUUCCUCCGGUUUCCCCAGACUCUGUCGACGAAAGCUUCGGGAAUCGUUCGAUAGAGGGUGCCGCGGCUGCGAUAGGUGUUGCCGACCAGUCGGGUUCGAACCGAGGUACCGAGGUAGCUCAAGUUUCGCCGGUUAACCAAGAUUCGAUCUGA